AAAAUGAUUUUUUUUUUGAAAACUUAAACAUUUGAUAUAAAACUGAAAGAAAACUAUACCAAAAUCUGAACCCUCUAUGUAUUUUGUUUUACUUUGAUUAAUAUAUCUGAUUAAAAUAAAAAUAGUUAUUUAUGAUUUAUACCAUUAAAAUAUUGAAAUUUUUACAUUCAUUAAAGAUGAUAUAUUAAAUAAAUUUUAAUUAAUUAAUUCAAAUUAUGAAAUUAAAUGAUCAAUAUAAUUAAACUAAUUAAUAAUUUAAUUACUUUUAUAGAUUAAAAUUGAAUUUAAAUAAUGAUAAAUACAAAGCAACACAAAAUUAUGUUGUGAAAAUAUUUUAUAAAAUUAAAUACUAUGAAUAGUAUACUGAAAUAGGUGAUAUUGAAUUAAUAAAAUUAUAUUUUAAAUGAAGAUAUUAAAAAUUAGAUUAGUAUGCAUUAACGUGAAAAUAAAAACUUUUAAAUAUAUAUUAUUUGAUUAUAGGGUAGGUUCGAUUAUAGUCUUUUGUCAUGAUUGUAUAUUUUUCAUUAAAUAAUAAAAUCCAUUCGGUAUUUAUGUCAGAUUCGGAAUCGAUUCUGAUUUAUUUUUAUCGGAUUCGAUUCAGAUUUUCGAGUUGGGUUUAUUUGCCGAGCCCAAACCAGUUCGAAACAUGAUCGAAAAUGCAUGAUUGAGUUAACUGGGCCAUUAUUGAGCCGGAAAUGAUAACAACGGUGUGAAUCUUCAUCAUGAGAGGUCCUUUAUGGAGUCACCUUCAAGCAGCUCCAUGGGAGGUACUGAUAUACUCACUAACUUCAGUGAGAGAAGUAGCAGUAGUAGUAGUAGUAGUAGCAGCAGCUCUGAAGAGGACAAUGCAGAUGAUGAUGAUGAUGGGUGUGUAGAUGAUUGGGAAACUCUCGCUGAUGCAUUAGAAGCUGAGAAGGAGAAUGAGAAAGAGAAACUCCUUCAUGAGUCAAUCAAGAAGCAAGAGAAUGUUGCACAUUCAGCUUCUAGUGUGGGUGUUGGAGAUGCAGCAUCACGAGCUUGGAGACAAGAUGAUGAUCAUCGUCCUCAGGGUUUACCUAAUCUGGCCAAGCAUCUUAGUUUUCCGGAGCUUGACAAGCGUUUCAGCACUGUGUCGAUACCCUCUUCAUGUCCUAUUUGUUAUGAAGACUUGCACUUUACGGAUUCAUGUUUCCUCCCAUGUCCGUGCGGGUUCAGGCUCUGUCUUUUCUGCCACAAGACUAUUAGCGAUGGAGAUGGGCGUUGUCCUGGAUGCAGGAAACCAUAUGAACGGAUCAUAGCUGAGACUAGUCUUGAAAAUGGUGGUUUAACAGUUCGGUUGACUCGUUCCUCUAGCAUGUUUUGCAGGUUUUAGAAAAAAAAGAGAUGUUGUUU